AUGAGUUAUAAGUACAAGAUUUGCUGUGAGCUGUUGGAACUCUGUUCAUUCUACCAUCAGUCUUGGUUCAUAUACGUUUGCGCUGGUGCAGGUGCUUUCCUUGUAAUUGGUAUGGUUUCCAUCAUGAUUCUUGUCUUCAUUUGCACACGAAAACGUGGACCAAAAGCAGCCGAAGGAAAGACUUCUGGAGAUCAGAAGAAGAAAGGGUUCUUCAAGUCGAAAUCAGGAAAAGGGAGUAAGGACCAAGGAAGCACCAAGAAAAGCAGCAAGAACAAAAUUUCAAAGAGGAAAAAGUGA